AUGGCGACGUGCGGUUCCACCGUGGCGCUCCUCGCAGGAUUUGCUGCAUUUCUUGCGGUUGCAGCCUGGUGUUUCUCGGCAUCCUCCGGUGUGAGCUGUCCGGGUGUUUGUCUGGCAGCUGCUGCCGGGCUCCUGUCCAUGUUUCUGCGGAGGCUGCGGCUCCGGGACGCCGCCUCGGAGCGGCGGGUCUGCGUCCUGGUGCUGGGGGACAUCGGACGCAGUCCUCGGAUGCAGUAUCACGCUUUGUCGCUCAGCAAACACGGAUACCAGGUCACCUUUGUGGGGUUUUUAGACUCCAAGCCUCAUCAGGACGUGCUGAGCGAGGAUAAGAUCCGGAUAGUUCCCAUCUCGGAGGUGAAAGGCGUUCGAGCGGGACCCAGACUGCUGGCGUACCUGACCAAGACGCUGCUCCAGUCGCUGCAGCUUCUCUGGGUUCUUCUGUCCCUGGAGCCGCAGGCUCACAUCCUGAUGCAGAAUCCUCCGGGGCUGCCUGGGAUCGCCGUGGCGUGGCUGGUGUGCGUCCUGCGCGGCAGCGAGCUCAUCAUCGACUGGCACAACUACGGCUACACCAUCAUGGCUCUGAGCCUCGGUGCGUCGCAUCCCCUGGUCCGACUCGCCAAGUGGUCCGUCCCAUCGACACGACUUUUCUGUUUACUUCCUGUUUCUGCUGGGAUUAAUGGUUUGGUGGAAACUGGCUCAUUGGAAAACUGGGAGAUUAAACUGAGCCGCUGUGUUGUUUGCAGGGCGACCACUGUGUAUGACCGACCGGCCGCCAUCUUCAGGGAGACUCCUCUGGAUCUGAAGCACCGCCUCUUCGCCAGGCUGGCCCGUUCUCACCCGCAGUUCGGCGCCUCGGGGUCCCUCUCUGACUCCACCGCGUUCACCGUCUAUAACCCUGGCGACGGCGGCGUGGCUCUCCGGUCGGAGCGACCGGCGCUGCUGGUCAGCAGCACCAGCUGGACGGAGGAUGAAGAUUUCUCCAUCCUGCUGAAGGCUCUGGAAGACUACGAAGGCUUCAUCAGAGGAGGAGCGCCGCUGCCGGCUUUAGUCUGCGUCAUCACAGGGAAGGGUCCUCAGAAGGAGCACUACCAGAAGCUCAUCGCCGCCAUGAGUCUGGAGCACGUGACGAUCUGCACGCCGUGGCUGGAGGCUGAGGACUACCCGCUCCUGCUGGGUUCUGCAGAUCUGGGAGUUUGUCUCCACAAGUCGUCCAGCGGGUUGGACCUGCCCAUGAAGGUGGUGGACAUGUUUGGCUGCUGCCUCCCCGUCUGCGCCAUCCACUUCCACUGUCUACAGGAGCUGGUGCAGCAUGAAGAGAACGGCCUGAUCUUCAGAGACUCUGCAGAGCUCGCCGAGCAGCUGCAGUCUCUCCUGUCAGAGUUUCCCAGUUCAGACGGCAGACUGGGAGCGUUCAGGAGGAACCUGCGGGCCAGCAGGGGGCAGCGCUGGGACGAUAACUGGGACCAGAAGGUUCUUCCUCUGCUGGAUGCUCUCAGGCAGAGAUGAAAAUCCUUCGUUUUUGUUUUCUGAUCCAAAU